UAUGGAGAUACUCUAUCUAUAUAAUUUAAGUUUAAUAUGUAGUUAUUAAAUCCACGCAGAUCAAAUGAUGGUAACUACUAACCGAAACACGAAAUGUGGACAUGGAGGAGAAUGGAAAGGAUAAGCUGGACAGAAAAAGUAAUGAGGAAGUCCUAAAAAGAGUGAACGAGAAAAGAGCAUUAAUUAAAAUAAUAGAGAAUAGAAGAGGCAAAAUGCUGGGCCACCUUAUACGACAUGACGAUUCUUUUAAGAGCACAAUAGAAGGAAAGAUAGAGGGCAAAAGAGGAAGGGGAAGACCGAGGAUUAACUACAUGGGACAGAUAAAGGAAACACUAGGCGUCAUGUCGUAUAGGGAGAUAAAGGAUAUGGCCUGGGAUAGAGCUGGCUGGAGGAAGAUGCAUGAAUUAGUUGCACCGACAAGAGGAAACUGUUAAAUGAAAAAAACCAACUAACCAGCAAGUCUAUAAAUAACCUCCACACAAUGGCGUUGUAGUAAUGUUUAUAAAAUACCCAAGAUUUAUUUGAAUUGUGUACAUUUAUUUUUCAUAACAAAAAGGGAGAGCCAUUUUGUUUUUUUUUUCUUCUUUAAAACUUCAUUUUAAAACAAACUUCGUACGCGAACGCACGUUCAGAAUGCAGUGUUCUAAAUUUGAAGUGUUAAUGUUUUUUAUUUUAUUCGCGUUCAGUUCGGCCAGUUACCAUGAACAAUACAGAGUGCCUCAAACAUCUACAGACAAAUGGGAGUCUUAUGUAUUUAAUACGAAAGAGUAUAUAAUACAGAAUUUCCCUGUCAAUUGGGAGAACGCUAAAAUACUAUGUCGUGGUCAUCACAACGGAUCCCUGGCUGUUUUGGACACGAAAGAGAAAGCGGACUUCAUAGCGGAGGCAUUAUCGGAAUCACAAUUCUUGCUAGAGUCCGUAUGGGUUGGCGCACGGAGGAACUCGGCGGACGAUCCAGCUGGAUACAGGUGGGGGCCCGGCAUGGAGUUGAGACGGACUGCGGCUGAUGUUCUACUGGGCGAGCAGGAUAGAGAUAUUGGAAGACAUUACCCUAUGUGGUUAAACAGAACCCGUGUACCGGUGCCAGAAGCUGGCGCUGACUGCGUGGCUCUAGAGCGUGUGUACCACGAUAGACCAGUCUAUGUCGACCUGGCCUGCAGUUUGGAGAGGCCCUUUGUCUGUGAAAGAGAGGCUCAAAAUCAAAUUAGAGUUAGCAAGCUGGACGUGGUGAGGUGCAGCGCUGGCUUAUACCACGUGUACAAUGGCAUGAUGAACUGGCACCAGGCCGCUGCUUACUGCCUACUCCACAACAUGAGUUUGGCCGACAUAGCGACAAUGAGGUGUUUAAAGAAGUUGGGUAGAAGCAUGCUUAAGACACGGCCUAGUAUUGAGAACGCGUGGCUCGGGGCCCGGGGUACCCUUGGCCAUUGGUACUGGGUGGACACUGGAGUCAGUAUAUUCCAAGCACCAGCGUUCACGGACGCGCAGUCCGGUCAGUGGCCGCCGAUGAGAGACAGGUCAGAGGUAAAGCAAAGCGGUUGCCUCCAAUUGGACAGACACUCUGCAAAUCCACCUGUGUUCCUAGAAGCUAGAUGCGAAAGGAAAAUGCAGUUUAUAUGCUUUAAAGGUGCACCAGCUCUUAAAACGACACCAGCGCCCCCUAGCGACGACAUUUACAACUACGUGCUGAUCAAGCAGCUUAUGUAUUGGCAACAUGCGUAUGAAAACUGUCAGAGAUUGAACGGAACCCUCGCCAGUGUUGACAACAACGAUGUGUUGAUACAACUCCUGUUACUUAUGGGCGAAAACAAGGACCAACCAAUCGGCCACAUCUGGAUAUCUGGUCGACUGAAUAUGACGAAGGACGCUACAGAAAAUAUCAACUAUGUUUGGUACAACCCUGCCAACGGGAAGAGAAUUUACGAUUCCUUACAGAAUGAAAUCUCUUAUGGGCUCUAUGUGCCGCCAUGGCUGGAUGAGGAGUUUUCAAUGGAUAAUUCAUGCCUCAACUUAGACAGACAAGAUCAUUUGAAUGGGUUGGUGUAUGGACUACCGUGUGACACCCCGCAGUAUUCCAUUUGUAUGAUUGAAAAGACUACGAAAGGUGUGCCGGUGGAAAGUGCUACGGACAGCUUCUGAAUAUUCAGCUUCUACCAUCAUCCUACCCUUAUCCCAAUGGACUUCAAAACCUGACACAUAUUUCUCUUUGUUAUAUUUAAAUAAAACUUAUUCAA